AUGGGACCUACUUCGAUUUCGACGACGUCACAUCUCGCGCAUGAAAAUAAUCCAAAGAUCGAUGUCGAACUGCCUAUCCACCUCAUGUGCGAGAUCCUCUCGUAUUUACCGCUGAAAGAGCUGAUGAACAACGUCUCUUACGUUGCGAAACGCUACCGCAAUUUGGCUGAACACGUUGCUGCGACCAAGAAUCGUUCCGAAGAAGUCAUUCUCGCUUGGACGGUUAAUCACGAACUUGCGUUGUUCGGACCUGAUUUGACAUUGAUGGAAACGUUGCCCUUCGAAUACUUGACAGGGAACUUCGCCUUUGCCUCUGCCACUGUGGUCGGUAACCGGGUCUUUCUAGCACUGCCAGAACGACCAAGUCCAGUUGUAGUGUCUUUGCACCGCGUCUGGGGAUCUGCGAAGAUUCUGAUGAAAAUCGAGCAAAACUACAAGCAGGUAGAGGAGAACACAGAGACGGUAUGUAUUGGCACGAGCUCAACUGGUUCUUUCGGGGUAUCGUAUGUCGCAGAAGGAAACGCCGUGAUUUCGCUAGAGCAUGAUGAAACAGGCAAAACAUUCCUAAAGAAAUAUGAUCUCGUCUCCUAAGUAGUAUCAUUUUGCAUUUGCGCGUGCGUGGUUGUUUUAGUUGUAGUAGUUUGUUAUUAAAAAACCCAAUUCCUACUAUGAACAUCAAAUCAUUGAGUUAUAGUAGUCACAAGAUGAGAUUGAGAAGAAGAACUAGUCGUAGUAAAGCUAGUUGUACUAGCGUUGAUCUAUUUAUUAAUACAAAACUACUAUUUUCUAUCUCCUUGUCCAAUACAAAACUACUCUACUAGUAAACUUGUUCCUUAUAGCAGUUACAGGAUACUGUGGUGUGGAUACGGUCGCGAAGUUAGGUUGUUGUAACUGUAACUAUGCUCCUCUGAGACAACGAUAUGAUGGUCGCAUUGACAACACUACAGCUAUGGCGUACCAGUCGUGGUAGGCGAUAAGUAUACCUCGCAAUAAACGUUAUAUGGAAAGAAAAAUUUGGUCCUCGGGAACAAACCAAGAAAAAAACACUCACACACCAACGCCUUAUAUCGUUUCCCUUUCCCGCCAAGUUAGGAAUCCCAAUAUAUAAUCCUGGCCUCCCUCGCUCGUCCCAAAGAUGCAUACCUUCGUUACGUGCAGAUUCGUCCCUUUCGGACGUGCGAAGACUCGCUUUGUUCCCCUCGGUGGAAACGGAGAGUCGUGUUUGCAUCGAGAAAAGAAAAGGUUCUACAUGAAAAUCAUAUUUGAAAAAUGGCC